AUGGUGGACAAUGCUGUGAUGAAGGCAGUUUGCGGGUUCAACUUCACCGGUACACAAAGCAAAGCCGCCGAUUUUGAUGCCCAGAAGAGUUGGGCCGAGCUCUCCCCGCAUACGACGUGGGAUUCCGCUGGUAUGUCCAACGGGCUUAUCCAGGACCUGGCCACUGCCGUUGUGCACCGGUUCAUCUGCUACAAUAUUACCGGCAAAAAGGAGGCGAACAAAGUCAGUGAGGGUGAACUUUUUCUCCUCUGGGCGAUGCGGUCGGGAGUGCGAGUGUGUUCGAUGGCCUUCCUUCAGAACUCUUUCCAGGAGAUUGCCCUCUCCAAGCGUGGACUACCGGCGCUCGAACAUUUUGUUACCGCACUCGCUCACCACUUCGACUGCCCGUGGCCGCAGCUUGGUGGUUGGACAUCUGCGGAAACUCCAGUGACAUGCAGCGUGUGCUUCGUCAUGCGUGCUUGCUCCUAG